GUAGCCACCUUUUCCUCAUCACUACUGUGCAACUCCCAGAACAUCUGACAGGAAGAACAAGAGAGCAGAGCAACAAGUGAUAAAGUUGUUCUUAUCGGAGUUUUAAACAUCAGUUGACAUCUUACAAGUGUCUACCAUCCGAGAAGGAGUCUUCCCUGAAUUCAGAUCACAAUAUCUCCAAACCAGUUUUUUUCAUGACUAGUAAGGAUUUGCCUUUUCAAUAUGACAUUGGAAGAAGAAGCAAUUAUGUGGGCCGGGGCAAAGAAAUGCAAUUUGAUAAAAUCAACGCCUAUGUUUGCCAACCUGAUUACGACACGAACAAUGCGGUAAUUCUGGUUCAUGACAUAUAUGGAUGGCAAUUCCCGGAUACUAGAUAUAUUACUGAUAUAUUUGCAAGUAAUGGAUACAUAACCAUCUGCCCAGACUUUUUUCUAGGAAAAGCACCCUGGAAUCCUAAUAAUCAUUGGCACGAUUUUGCAGACUGGUUAAAGGAACGGGAUCCCAUGAAAGUGGACAAGACAACUGCUGUGUUUAUGAAGUGUCUAAAGGAAAAAUACAAAGCAAUGAAGAUUGGUGUUGUCGGUUUUUCCUGGGGUGGAAUGGCUGUACAUCACUUGAUGCUGAAAAAUCCUGAAUUCAAGGCUGGGAUAUCAGACUAUGGAAUAAUCAGGGACUCUGAAAAUAGAUACAAUUUGUUGAAUCCAACGUUUUUCGUUUUUGGUGGAAAUGAUCACACCAUUUCUCCUGAACAGGUUACUUUACUGGAAGGAAAACUGAAAGAAUAUUGUACAGUGGACUAUAAAGUUAAAGUUUAUCCUGGGCAAGUUCAUGGCUUUGCACAGUGUAAGCCCGAGGAUAUGAAGCCUGAAGAUGUACCUUUCAUGGAAGAAGCAAGAAUGGAUAUGAUUGACUGGCUGAAUAAAUACAUUAUGUUUUGAAAUUGAACCACAACUUAUAUCACUUUAUUCUACUUUAAUGUCACCAAGGCUGCUCCUUAGUAGAAGAGGAAGAAGAAAGAUCGAAAUACAAUAAAUUAUGCAAUAUUUGUAAAUAGUGGCCCUGAAGUAUUCUUAUCCUUGAAUGACAAACAUUCAAUAUUGAAGAUCUUUUCAGAAGCAUCAUGUCUUUUAAAAAACGUCGUUUGAGAGUCACUCAAUUCUUUCUGGCUUUUCUUCAAUGUCUGUGACACAUUAUCUUUCCCAGAAUAUAUUAAAGUUUAAU